CCACACUGUUACCGCUGCCCUCACGCCAGCCCAGGAGGAGCCAUGGGGCGCUGGGCCUGGGUCCCCGGCCCCUGCCCCUCGCCCAAGCUGUGUCCCCUCCUCCUGCUGAUGCUGAUGCUGCCUCGUGGGGUCCAGCCCCAGGCCAGCGGGAACCAUACGGACCCCCCAAAACCUAAUGCCUCAGUGACCCCCGGUAUCUCCAUGACCCCAGUGACCUCCAUGAGUUCGGAGACCCCAGCACCAAGUGUUCCAGCAGCAGAGGGACCCCAGGGUGGCAGGCUCCCGUUCCCACCCAGGCCAGCUCCCUCGAGCCGUAGUCUCCAGGGCCAAGUGCUCACCGAGGAUGGCCAGCCCUGCAGCUACCUGUUCAGGCCUUCCAGGGCCACCUCUGCAACGCUCGGGUGCCUGGGCCAGGGUGGGGGACAGAUUUCCCCAGUGGCCAAAGGAGGGCCAAGUCCAUGUGGCCACCAGCCUGCCUUGCACAGCCCCCCUAAGGAAAGCGUCCUGGUGGUGCUGGGCCAGCAUUUCUUCAACCGCACAACGGAUGUGACGCAGACGUUUGGCAUUGAGAAGUACAUCCCGUACCCCCUGUACUCAGUGUUCAACCCCAGUGACCAUGACCUCGUCCUGAUCCGGCUGAAGAAGAAGGGUGACCGCUGUGCUGUUCGCUCCCAAUUCGUCCAGCCCAUCUGCCUGCCUGAGCCCGGCAGCACUUUCCCCACUGGACACAAGUGCCAGAUCGCAGGCUGGGGCCAUAUGAAUGAGAAUACUAGCAGCUAUUCCAGCUCCCUGCAGGAGGCACUGAUCCCCCUCGUUGCCGACCACAAGUGCAGCAGCCCCGAAGUGUAUGGUGCAGACAUCACCCCCAACAUGCUCUGUGCUGGCUACUUUGACUGCAAGUCCGAUGCCUGCCAGGGGGACUCUGGGGGGCCCCUGGCCUGUGAGAAGGAUGGUGUGGCUUACCUGUACGGCAUCAUCAGCUGGGGUGACGGCUGUGGGCGGCUCAACAAGCCUGGUGUCUACACCCGAGUGGCCAACUAUGUGGACUGGCUCAACGACCGGAUUCGGCCUCCCCGGCGGCCCACGACCCCCUCCUGAGAGCCCAGAGGGACACCCUGUCUGCUCCCCAUCCUGGCCCCACUAACAAUAAAGAUGCUUGGAGGACCCGGCCCAUGUGUCCAGGCCCUGCCUCUGCCUGGCCUUUCCUUCCAGGCCAUGGCCUUGGCGAGGGCCUGGACCCAAGGUCCUCUAUGGAGGACAUUUCCUCUAUCGAGAUGGUAACCUGUCACCCCACAAGGAGGGCCUGGACCCACCCACAGCCCAGGAAGUCCUCAGGGCCCAAGUAGUGUCCAACCCAUACCCCCUCCUAGGCCUGUCCUCAGCAGGUAUGUGGCCAGAGUCCAGGCACCUGGGUUGUCCCAGGGCAAGAAAUGAAAGCCAAGUACAGGCCACCAGGUCCUGGACAGUGGUCUGAGCCAAGGGGUGUGCAGAAUAUCACAGCUCGAUAAAGACAGGCCAGAUGGAACCUGCAGCCGUAUUUGGCCUUCAAAAUGGUAGCCUGUGACCAGCAGUUCUCCCUGCACUGUGCCUUCCAGAAAGAGGGGACUGGAGGCAGCCUCUGCCAGGGAAGGGGUGUCCACAGGCAGUUAGUGGGUUGCUGCUGGUGCUGAGUAUCCCCCAGCCCUGGCUCUUUUGAAUGGAUGGAAGGAGGUAGGGCUGGCAGCUGGAUUGGGCAGUCAGGGCUGAGGGCUGGCAUCUCGAGGACUGCAGGUCCCCCCUCUUGUGCCACCCCUCAUCCCUUCCAUGCUCUGUGACCAGAAGGUCCUCCUGGAGGCCUGGCCCCAUGGCAUCCCCUCUAUGGUCAGGCAUGCAUGUAAGCACAGGACACAGGCUCUGCAGACACCCAGCCCUCGGUCACUGCUCAGGACAGGGCUGGGAAAGCUGACUGGAGCUGCGUGAACUUGUGGCAGGGAGUUUGGCGGCCAGCUGCUGCUAAUGUUGACUUGUGGGUCUCGGCUCCCUGACAGAGAUCACGGGGCCACACCUGGCUGCAAAGGAGGCUGAAAUGCAGGAAACAGGAUUGUCGCAGUGGGGCUGGGGGUCCACAAGCCCAGGCAGAGCUGAGUUCUGAGCAGAGAACAAGACAGGCCCUGGGAGGCACUCAGCAGGCAGAGCCUAGGCCCUUCUCUCUACUGUCCUGAUGGCUGUGAUGGCUGUGUGGGCCUCAGAGCCCUAAGGCUCAACAGUGCCCCCACCACUGAAGACCCCUGCCCCUGCCACUGGGUGGUCACAGCCCCAGGCAGCAACUGGGGCAGACGCUGGUGCCAGUGCCCCAAAGCCAUGAACAGAAGGGCCGCCUGUCCUCAUGAACAUGGGGCCUCCGCAGCUGUGGAAGUUUGAUGGAAUUUGCCAAUAAAAUUCCCUAUCCUGGUGUUUACUAACAGGAUAGUAUGUAA